UAUUACCUCGUUUUGAAAUGGGUUGAGUGUUCUCCUUGUGUCCCACCGCAAGACAGCAGCGUUUUCCUCCGAGAAGAUGCAACAAAGGUUUUCCUGAAGUGCUUGGUAAGUACAGAAAAAGUAAUGCAAGUAAAACUAAUUCCCAUGAGGUCUUUUAAAGGAUGAGUUCAUCCAAAGUGGAAAUAUAAACAACGUCAAUGCUGUCCACAUAGAGUCAUUUUAUGGUGAGGACUGCAGUUCUCUAGAACUUUGUUUCCUGCUGAGAAGCAGCUGGGCGUUGUUUGGUGGGUGUUCAGUCGGAGAAAAUACUUUUGUACAAAACUCAUCACAAGGUCGGUGGGUGACAGCUACUGUGUCAUUAAUAAAAGAAAAAGAUGCGUUUUCUUUUUGAAACCUCCACGAGUCAAAUGACCGGCAUGGUACGGAAGUUUCAGUUCAAAUCAGGUAGAAAUUUAUUUCGUCUUUCGUUUUUCUUAGCUCUCAAUAAUGCAUCUGUUACUUCUCUGCAGGACACUGAUAUUUUGGAACCGGUGCUGAACGGUGCAUCUGUUGCCAUGCUCCCCAUCCGACAAGAUGACAAGAUUAUCCUAAUUAGGUCAACAACAACAAAAAAAUCCAAGUUGGCAGAACUUGUGUCAUAACUUGUAAACCUUAGUUAAGUCAACAACAGUAGGCAAAAGUUGAGAAAACUCAAAAAUGUCUUGCAUCAAGUAACCAUGAUCUUUUACGUUUUGUCAAGGUUUAUUUUUAUUUAUUUCUGUAUUUUUUUUCAUUACAGUGUAUUUUUACGACAGGGACAGCGUGACCCAACUUUACGAGCUCUCCACGCUGGAGCCUUACUGCCAAAUCGAUGCGCUGGACGCGGUCCCGCUGAUGCUGUGCGACGGGGGUGUAACAUAAGCCAGUAAAACACAAUGGGAACAAGCAUCCCACUGGGUCCCUAUGCGUGACUCUGCUGGGCGGCCAGAGGGCGCCCCUGAGCCGCGCUCGCCGAGUGACGAUGCCGCCAACCACCACGAGAGAAGAGAACAAGCGGAGACGAAACGCUCGCCCCCACUCUCCCUCACUUUCGCUCCUCGGUCGCGUCGCCCCGUCAAAGUGCUCGGAGCUCCGACGCCGCGGCGCAUGUGCCUUGUGGCCGCGCUGAGAUAGCCCCCCGACACGGCGAGCUGCCUGCGUGGGGCCCGGCCUCGACGAAACCGAGAAUGCUUCGGGACCACCGGCGGCACGUCGCGGGCUUGCUCCUGCUCUCCCUCGGUCACAUUAUCUUAGCUGCUGGUAGCUCAGAAGAAGCCUCACAGAGUCGGGAAGAAGAUGCGCACGGGAUCCCUGCCAGGCAACUCGAUCUUCAGGAGGUUGUGUUUGUCAUCCGGAGUCAGAGCAACUCCUUCCACGCCAGGCAGGCGGAGAAACGGCGAGAGGAUUUGCUCCAACAGGCGCACGCUCGAUCAGAGAAACCUCCAGUGGUUUUGCUCCUUCACAGUGUGUCCGACAACGAGGGAGACUGGAGCAUCCUUCCUCUGCUGCCUUAUUUGUCUGGCUCUUUCGGGAAGAAUUCCUCGUGGAUCGUGUUCCUGGAAGAGGAGACCGGCGUGAAGACGUCGAGGCUCGUCGAAGCGCUCGCAAAGUUUGACGAGAAUAAAGAAUGGUUCCUCGGGAAGCCGCUCCACGACGACGAGUCGACCAUCAUUCAUCACUACGCCUUUGCCGAAAACCCUUCCGUCUUUAAAUACCCCGACUUCUCUGCCGCGUGGGCCUUAAGCAUCCCCCUAGUGGUCCGGCUGGCCAACAAAGUCCGAGAGGAGCCGCUUAAAUCGGACUUCACCAUUGACUUGAAACACGAGGUGGCCUUGUACGUUUGGGACAACGGCAACGGUCCUCAUCUGACCGCCGUGCCCCAGCUGUGCACGGACCGCAAGGACUCCCCUCGGGCCGAGCUGUGCGCCACCACGCUGAGACCCGAGCCUCCCCCUUGUGGGGAGCCGGUAAAAAAGGACAAUGUCUUUGUUGCCGUGAAAACGUGCAAGAAGUUUCACAGCGAGAGAGUCCCCGUCAUCAAGAAGACGUGGGAGAGAGAGGCAGUCUAUCUGGAAUACUACAGCGACCAUGCCGAUGCGUCGAUACCGACCGUUGAUUUGGGAGUACCCAACACGGAGAGAGGACACUGCGGGAAAACAUUCGCCAUCCUCAACAGAUUUGUGAGCGGCGACGUCCCCGGCACCGAGUGGCUCCUCGUCGUGGACGACGACACGCUGAUCAGCCUCCCCCGACUGCGAUCCUUGCUGAGCUGCUACAGUGCCUCGGAAGCCGUGUAUCUGGGCGAGCGCUACGGCUACGGCCUCAGCCAGGGCGGCUACGGCUACAUCACGGGAGGCGGCGGCAUGGUGUUCAGCAGGGAGGCGGUGGCGCGACUCCUGCAAAGCGGCUGCAAAUGUUACAGCGACGACGCGCCGGACGACAUGGUGCUUGGAAUGUGCCUCAACGCUCUCGGCAUUCCCGCCACCCACAGUCCGCUUUUCCAUCAGGCCCGGCCGGAGGACUACGCGGCGGACUUGCUCGCUCAUCAGGUGCCCAUUUCUUUCCACAAACACUGGAACGUCGACCCCGUGGUCGUUUUCGACAAAUGGCUGAAGGACGGCGACCGUAAAACCUCAGCUGGACUCGACAACGAUAAAAGCGCCAAGACGGAGCUGUGAAUUAAAAACCUGUAUGGAUGAGCGUGUAUGUGCUGAGCGCGUUCCAGAUGUUGUAACAGUGAAGCUACGAUACAGUGUGUGCGGGACCUGGUUGCAUGUUAUGAAUAUUUAUAUAUGUAUAUGUAAUGAACACCUUACAAAUGACAUUCUCUCUGUAAUGUUCACAAAAUAGCACUCUGCUGUGCUAUAGAAUCUAUUUUGAAAUAAAUGUGUGCAUUUUUAACAAUGUGCUUUUUA